AUGGGCCGCUAUGUCGUCAACAAGCUGCUGUUCGCGAUCCCCACGCUCUUCGCGGUGCUGACGCUCGUCUUCGUGAUCACCCGCAUCAUCCCGGGCGAUCCCGCGCAGCUCAUCCUGGGCGACCAGGCCAGCGCCGAAGCCAUCGCCGCACUGCAUGAGCGCCUCGGCCUCGACCGCCCGAUCUACGUCCAGUAUUUCGACUUCCUGGGCCAGAUCCUGCAGGGCGACCUGGGCCAGUCGCUGGCCAGCGGCAAGCCGGUGGCCGAGGCGAUCGGUGCGGUGCUGCCCUACACGCUGGAGCUGACCCUGGCCUCGCUGGUCUUCGGCUCGGUGAUCGGCAUCCCCCUGGGGGUCUGGGCGGCGGUCAACCGCAACCGCAUCCCCGACUACCUGACCCGCAUCGGCUCGCUGCUGGGGCUGUCCUUCCCCGCCUUCGUCUCGGCGGUGAUCCUGCUGCUGGUCUUCGCCAUCCAGCUCGACCUCUUCCCGGUGAUCGGCGACGCCAAGUUCGACGAGCCCGGCGACCACCUGCGCAGCCUGGUGCUGCCGACCGUCAACCUCGGCAUCCUGAUGGCCGCCUACAUCACGCGGGUCACCCGCUCGUCGAUGCUGGAGGUGCUGGGCGAGGACUUCAUCCGCACCGCCCGCGCCAAGGGCGUGGCGCGGCGGCGCAUCAUCCGCCGCCACGCGCUGCAGAACGCCGUCAUCCCCGUGGUCACCGUGGUCGGCCUCUACCUGGGCAUCCUGAUCGGCAACUCGGUGCUGACCGAGAUCGUCUUCAACCGCCCGGGGCUGGGCAAGCUGAUCGUCGGGGCGCUGGCGCAGCGCGACUACCCCAUGCUGCAGGGGCUGAUGGUGCUCUACACCGCCCUGAUCGUGGGCACCAACAUCCUCACCGACCUCGCCUACGGCCUGAUCGAUCCCCGGGUGAAGGUCUUCAGCGCCAACUGGACCUCCUGGGUCGGCCUGGUGGUCUUCGCGCUGGUGGUGCUGCUGGCCCUGCUGGCGCCGCUGAUCGCCCCGCACGACCCGCUGGAGCAGGACAUCCUGGCCAUCCUCGAAGGGCCCUCGGCCGCGCACUGGCUGGGGACCGACCACUUCGGCCGCGACAUUCUCUCGCGCAUCCUCUACGGCGCGCGCAUCUCGCUGGUCAUCGGCCUGCUCUCGGUCGCGCUGGCCAUGGUGCUCGGCACCGCGCUCGGCAUCGCCGCCGGCUAUCUCGGCCGGCGCGUCGACCAGGUGAUCUCCCAGGCGACCGACAUCCUGCUCGCCUUCCCCUCGCUGAUUCUGGGGCUGAUGAUCGUGGCGAUGCUGGGCCCGACGCUGAUGAACCUGGUUUUCGCCAUCGCGUUGACCACGGUGCCGCAGUUCAUCCGCAUCGCCCGCGCGCCGACCCUGGCGCUGAAGAACCGCGAGUACAUCACCGCCUGCCGGGCGCUCGGCUACGGCGGCCCGCGCAUCAUGGGCCGCCACAUCCUGCCCAACAUCCUGCCGGAGGUGAUGGUCAUGGGCUCGCUCUGGCUGGCCACCGCGAUCCGCGUCGAGGCCUCGCUGGCCUUCAUCGGCCUGGGGGUCAAGCCGCCGACCCCGACCUGGGGCGGCAUGAUCCGCGAGGGCUUCGAGAACAUUCUCGACAGCCCCUGGCUGGCGCUGUUUCCCAGCCUGGCGAUCCUCAUCCUGGUCUUUUCGCUGAACAUGCUGGGCGACGGCCUGCGCGACGCGCGCUCCGAGAUCGGCAGCAGCGGCCCGCCGGCCCCGCACCCGGGCGACGCCGCGGCGGAGACGGUCCUGCAGGUGCGCGACCUGGAGGUCAGCUUCCGCAUCGGCGGCGCCUGGCGCGCGGCGACCCGCGGCGUCUCCUUCGACCUGCGCCGCAACGAGACCCUGGCCCUGGUGGGCGAGUCCGGCUGCGGCAAGAGCAUCACCUGCCAGUCGCUGAUGGGGCUGAUCCGCGAGCCGGUCGGCCGCGUCAGCGGCAGCGUGCGCUACCUCGGGCGCGAGCUGGUCGGCCUGAGCGAGAGCGCGCUGGAGCCGCUGCGCGGCAAGGAGAUCGCGAUGAUCUUCCAGGAGCCGAUGACCGCGCUGAACCCGGUGCACCGGGUCGGCGACCAGGUGGCCGAGAUGCUGCUGACCCAUGAGGACAUCGCCCCCGAGGCGGCGAAGGAGCGUGCCGUCGCGCUGUUCGAGCAGGUGCAUAUUCCCGCCGCGCGCCGGCGCUACCGCGACUACCCGCACCA